AUGUCGUCACAAGCACCCACCAUCCGCCGGAUCAGUCCGCUCCCUACUGAAGAGGCGAAAUGGACGGAGCUGCGCAAGAUUGAAUGGACUGACCAAGAUGGCAAAGAUCGCAUUUGGGAAGCCGCCGCACGCAAGACCCGUGGCAAAGGCGGAGUUGAUGCCGUCGCCAUUAUCCCCAUCCUGCGUCACCCGUCUCGCCCCGCGUCAACCAUGAUCAUUCUUCAGUAUCGUCCACCAGUCGAGGCUGUCUGCGUCGAGUUCCCAGCCGGUCUCAUCGAUGAGGGUGAGACCCCAGAGCAGGCUGCAGUUCGUGAGCUCAAGGAGGAGACUGGUUAUGAGGGCAAGGUACUUGAUUGCAGCCCGACGAUUGUUGCCGACCCUGGCCUGACGAAUGCGAACAUGCAGAUGGUCGUCAUCGAGGUCGAUCUCAAGGAGGGCGACAAGGAGCCAGAGCAGCACCUGGAAGCCGGCGAACACAUCGAGAGGGUCAUUGUCCCACUCAGUGAGCUCCACGACAAACUUCAAGAAUUCGACGCACGAGGAUUCACUACCGACAUCUAUGUUGCCUUCAUGGCAAGCGGUUGGUACUGGGGACAGAAGCUGGCAUCCGAGCAGUCUAGUGGAUCGGUGUCAAGCUAG